AUGACUGCAGCUCUUUGCAUUCUUUUUUUUGCCAAGGUACAAGGAGAGAGGCUACUUAAAGCAGUCCUUCCAGAUAAACUCCUAGUUUUUACUGUAGCAACUAAAGAAACUGACGGCUUUCACCGUUUCAUGCAAACUGCAAAGCACUUCAACUACACAAUAAAGGUACUUGGAAAAGGUGAAGAGUGGAAAGGUGGUGAGCUGCCCAACUCUAUUGGUGGAGGGCAGAAAGUUCGACUGCUGAAAGAAGGCAUAGAAAGCUAUGCUGAUCAAGAGGAUCUGGUUGUAAUGUUUGUUGAAUGCUAUGAUGUCAUCUUUGCAGGGGGUCCUGAGGAACUGCUAAAGAAAUUCCAGGAAACUAAUCAUAAAGUGGUAUUUGCAGCAGAUGGGCUAAUUUGGCCAGAUAAAAGGCUAGCUGACAAGUACCCUGUUGUCCGGAGUGGAAAACGAUUCCUGAACUCAGGAGGAUUUAUUGGUUAUGCUCCAUAUAUAAAUCGUAUUGUGCAGCAAUGGAAUCUGCAGGAUAAUGAUGAUGACCAGCUGUUUUACACCAAAAUCUAUGUUGACCCAGUGGCAAGGGAACGCUUUAACAUUACUUUGGACCACAAAUGUACAAUUUUCCAGACCCUAAAUGGAGCUAUUGAUGAAGUCCUUUUGAAAUUUGAAGAAGGAAAAGUAAGAGCAAGGAAUUCAGUGUAUGACACGUUACCGAUCACUGUUCAUGGAAAUGGCCCAACUAAAAUUCACUUGAAUUAUUUGGGAAAUUAUAUUCCUAAUGCUUGGACACAGGAAACUGGUUGCAGUAUUUGUGAUUUAGACUUACUAGACCUGUCAACAAUAACGGAAUAUCCAAGAGUAAAAAUUGGUGUUUUCAUUGAACAACCCACUCCUUUCCUACCUAAAUUUUUAGACAGACUGUUGACUCUGGACUAUCCAAAGGAGGCACUUAGUAUCUUCAUUCACAAUAACGAGGUUUACCAUGAAAAGCACAUCAAGAAGUUCUGGGAAAAGGCCAAGAACAUUAUCAAAAAUAUAAAAAUUGUUGGACCUGAAGAAAAUUUGAGUCAAGCAGAAGCCCGGAAUAUGGGAAUGGACCUUUGUCGCCAGGAUACAGCCUGUGAAUAUUAUCUCAGCGUAGACGCGGAUGUCGUGCUGACAAACCCCAAAACUUUAAGAAUACUGAUAGAACAGAACAGAAAGAUAAUUGCUCCACUUGUAACUCGUCAUGGGAAACUUUGGUCCAAUUUCUGGGGUGCUUUGAGCCCAGAUGGCUAUUAUGCUCGAUCUGAAGAUUAUGUUGAUAUUGUCCAAGGGAACAGAGUAGGAGUAUGGAAUAUUCCUUACAUGGCUAAUGUCUACUUAAUUAAGGGACAAACUCUCAGAGCGGAGAUGAAAGAAAAGAACUACUUUAUGCGUGAUAAGUUGGAUCCUGAUAUGGCACUUUGCAGGACUGCCAGGGAAAUGGGAGUUUUCAUGUACAUCACCAACAGACAUGAAUUUGGAAGACUUCUCUCUACAGCCAACUACAAUACCUCCCACUACAACAAUGACCUCUGGCAGAUAUUUGAGAAUCCUGUGGACUGGAAAGAAACCUAUAUAAAUCCCAACUACUCAAAGAUCUUCACUGAUAAUAUAGUAGAACAGCCAUGUCCAGAUGUGUUUUGGUUUCCUAUAUUUUCUGAUACUGCCUGUGAUGAAUUGGUGGAAGAAAUGGAACAUUUUGGUCAAUGGUCUGGUGGAAAACACCAAGACAGCCGCAUUUCUGGAGGUUAUGAAAACGUCCCAACUGACGAUAUUCAUAUGAAGCAAAUUGGGUUCGAUAAUGAAUGGCUGCAUUUCAUAAGGGAGUUCAUUGCACCAGUAACUCUAAAAGUGUUUGCUGGCUAUUAUACCAAGGGGUAUGCUUUAUUGAAUUUUGUUGUAAAAUACAGUCCUGACAGACAAAGGUCACUCAGACCUCAUCAUGACUCCUCUACAUUCACAAUCAACAUCGCUCUCAACAAAGUAGGAGAGGACUUUCAGGGAGGUGGAUGCAAAUUUCUUAGGUAUAACUGCUCCAUUGAGUCUCCCAGGAAAGGAUGGAGUUUCAUGCACCCAGGAAGACUUACUCAUUUACAUGAAGGACUUCCUAUCCUGAAUGGCACAAGAUACAUUGCAGUAUCAUUUAUUGAUCCUUAAUUAUUUUUUUGCCCUCUUCAGCAGUGUUUGGUUCUUUACAUAAACAUUUAUUUAUAGAUUUCUUCUGGAAGAUGGUGAUAAAAGAAACUUUUAAGUCACUGUUCCCUAGACAGCAAAGUUACUUUGGGCUAGAAGAAUGAAAAAAGGAAAAUGUUCUAAAGUUGUUGAACAUUUCUCAAUAUCUGCUCUGAGCCUUGAGUCACAAAGUAAUUAUGUCCUGCUUAUGUUUCCAUUUUGCUGUCUCAAAGAGUAGAUAAAGAGGGGAAA